AUGAAGUACUUAGCCCUUGCAGCAAUCGCAACAGCAGUCAACGCCGCCACUUCCUUCAACUUGAUCUCCACCAAAGCUGGCUCUAUCUAUGACGGCAAGCACGUCUUGAACAGACCAGAGCACAUCGAACUUGGAGACGGUGACGGCAAUGGCAUCAGUUUCGUUCUCAAUGACGAUGGAUCUCUUGUGGACGCCCCAGCUCAAAAAUACGUCAACUUUGAAAGUGACCUUGCCUUCCUUGGAUCGGACCACAUCACGGGAUUCUCCAUUAGCGACGGUAAAUUGCAAUACAACGGCGCCAGCAAGUGGUACGGCUGCCCAACAAUCAACAACGCGUUGGGCUACGACACAGGCUGUCAGGACAGAAGCGGUGUUGACCUUGUGGUAUUCAACGAGGCAGAGUGUGACAACGUCUACCCAGGAGCCCCCAAGUCCCAGUUCUACUUGAAGGCGUGGAGCGAGGAAGGCGACCAGUUCCUGAACACACCAAUCAAGAAGGUCGACAGCCACCCACACGUGUUUGCCGUGGGAGGCGACGAAGGUAAGGACCUUGUAGUUAACUUCCAGGAUGACGGCACCUCUUUGGUUGACGAGGACGGAAGAGGCGUCAAACACGACCCCAACACAGGGGAGGUCGGAAGUGUUGCUCCAUUUGGUCGUGAGCCUGCCACCCCAGGUUUCGGAAUCAACGGCGACCAUUUGGUGUUCGAGGGCAGAGAUGACUGGAAGGCAUGUCCAAGCGGUCCUGACAAGUUCUCCUUGUCGGAUGGCGAAUGUGUGGGAGGCACCAACAUUGUCUUGCAAGUGGUGUGGAAGGCCAAUCUUCUCAAGACCGAUGACAAGAAGAAGGCCAAGCGCCACUAA